ACUUUCUCCCAUCAGCGUUACAAAGUUCCAACCCACUCCUCAGUCUUGCAGAUUUUCUGUAGUUUAAUUAAGCACAACAAGCAUCUCAGUUAUUUGGCCAGUUAAUAAAUUUCCUGCUUCCUCACCGACCGAUCACCAUUCAGCAUUCACCAUGCAUAUGAAGAAUAACGUGAUGAUGGUGGUGCAGUCAGUACUACUUGUGAUGAUGAUGUUAGGCCUCAUGGCCCCCUCCCAAACCAAUGCCUUGAUUCCGUACAACCCAAUAUCCCCCUCCUCCCUCUUGGACCACAUGAUGAUCGAUGACCCCUUCAGAACUCUCGAACAGACUCCCUUCACCGUCCCAAACCCUACUAAAGUCGCUCAAGAGGCGCUCGCUCUGGCACGUGCUGACUGGAAAGAGACGGCGACUGCACACGUGAUCUCAUUGGACGUCCCGGGGCUGAAGAGGGAGGACGUCAAGAUAGAGGUGGAGGAGAACAGGGUGCUGAGGAUCAGCGGAGAGAGGAAGGCCGACGACCGGGAAGGUGAACUGCAGGGCGACAACUACAAGUGGCACCGCGCUGAGAGGACAGACGGCAAGUUCUGGAGGCAGUUCAGACUGCCUGGGAACGCCGACUUGGAUCAGAUAAAGGCUCACCUGGAGGACGGGGUGCUGAAGAUUACGGUGCCAAAGUUAGCGGCGGAGAAGAAGAGGCAGCCCAAGCUCAUCAACAUCGCCUCUUCUUCCUCGUCUGCUGAUCAUGGGGCGGAUGUCGAACCUACAAAGGUCGCAUGAAAUUCAAGAAAGCAACUGAGUACAUAAUGUACGUUAAAGAUAAUUAAGUGCGCUCACUGCUAUAAUCAAUAGGGCUAUAUGAUGUGUCGUGUUGUAAUGUUGACAUGGGGAUUGAUUGAAUCAAAAUAAGUAUUUGUAAUAUGCAUGCAUCAUUGAACUUGAUUUAUUAUAUUACUUACGUUUUGGUAUGAUA